AUGUCAGCAAAGCAAGCCAUCCUCACUGAAAGUGCACCGGCUCCCCUUCCUGGGAUCUACUCGCAAGCCAUUGUUGCCAAUGGAUUCGUUUAUUGCUCUGGUUGCGUGCCCAUGGACGCACAAACAGGCAAGCUAAUCGAAGGAGAUAUCAAAGCGCAUACUCAUCAAUGCAUUAAAAAUAUAUCGCAUAUUCUCGAAGCCGCUGGGUCAGAUAUCACAAAGGUCGUCAAGGUCAAUGUUUUCAUAUCCAACAUGGACGAUUUUGCGGAGAUGAAUUCGGUCUAUACGCUGUACUGGGGCGACGUGAAGCCUGCCAGGACGUGCGUGGCUGUGAAAACAUUGCCGUUGAAUACUGAUGUGGAGAUCGAGUGUGUUGCUAUUUUGUAG